AUGGACCCUGCAGACUCCUUUUCCUCUGAGUUCAACGGCGAGAUGAGGUGGAUGGUGAGUCUGCUCGACCGCAUUGCCCAGUCACGGGAUCUACGGACUAUGGCAGUCGGGCUGAAUGCAGUGGAUGCCAUCAUUCGCCAUAACCCUCAGCUGUCUCAGUUUGCUAAGGACACUAAAUUGGACGACACCAUUACUGCCUGGAGAGAGCAAGUCAAGGCUGGUCAGUCUGAGACAGUAACAUCUUCUCAAAAAAUAAUCACAGUAGUUGGUGAGGAUGUCAUCUUACCAUGCUACUUGGACCCUGCGACAGAUGCUGUGUCUAAGAUUCUGGAGUGGGGGAGACCUGACCUGGAUCCCAGAUUUGUCCAUGUGUGGUUUGAGGGUCAAGAUCAUCUGGUUAAUCAAAACCCAUCUUACAAAGGAAGGACAUCACUGUCCACUGAGAAACUGAAGCAGGGAGACCUUUCACUGAAACUCUCUAGAGUCAAACACUCUGAUAAUGGCAGAUACAGAUGCUUUUUUCCCUCAGAGUCCAAAGAAUCUACCAUUGAACUUCUUGUUGGUUCACUUUCCUUACCUACAGUAGCAGAAGUCAACAUAAACAGGAGUGCAGUCGCUUUACAGUGUAAGUCUGCAGGCUGGUAUCCGGAGCCUGAGCUGCUGUGGAUGGACAGUGAUGGAAACAGCCACUCUGCUGGACCUACAGAGACCCUCAGAGGUCCUGAUGACCUCUAUACUGUCAGCAGCAGAGUGACUGUGGAGAAGAGACACAGAAAUACUGUGAACUGUAUAGUCCAACAAAGGGAUAUCAACCGGAGCAGAGAGACACAGAUGCAUGUUUCAGAGAAAAAGAGGCAAACUAAGGAUGAAGCUGAGGAGAAAGAGAAAGAGCAGCUGUUGGCAGAAAACAAGAAGUCUGAAGAACUACAGCAGAAAGAGGAAGAGCUGAAAGACCUGGAGGAGCUGGUUAAUAUACUGACUGAACAGGAAAACGAACUGAAGAAAUUAAAAAAUGAACUCAAACAACAAAGGGAUGUGGUGGAUG